UGUAUCUCCAAAUCUGUUCAAAACUAAAAGUAUCGUAUUAUCUCUGUGUUAUGGUACCUAUUUUUGCAUUGGAACUCUAAGGCAAAGGAAAGUAAAAGUACUACAUCAAGACAAAUAGGAUAGUGGGGAAUGGAUGCCCUUCCAAUUCCAAAAGAAAAGUCCUGCCUGGCAUGCUGUGAUACAAUAGAGAAUUUGUUUUAUUUACCAGAUGAAUAGACAACAUGAGUAAUGAGCUGUUAAUCAGUAAAACAGGAAAAAAUAGCAAAAGAAAAACUUAUUUCAAAGCAUUUACUGACUUAGUAGUCUAACAGUCUUAUCUCCCUUCCUCAGCUGUGUUUUCUGAGUCAGCAGUAGUUAAAUUUUCCAGCAAGCCCUACAUGAAAGAAAGUGUAAAGGGUGAUUAGGGAUUUCCAGUCAGUGACCUCACCUUUGAGUGGGACAGUCAACACAUUUGCUCUGACAUUCUUUCUAUGAAGCAGUGCGGUGACAGCUGAAGUUGCUUUCAAGAAGUCAUCUCAAAGGUGGUCUGACAGUAUCCAAUACCUUAACUUUUCUUAGCAAAGGAGACAAAUCACCUUGAAUUUCUUAAUUUUCCAAGUUGGUGGCAAUGGCAACUUAUUUUGGAGUUACCUCAGCAGUGUUUUUUGUCUGGGUUAUGACAUUCAUGGCUCAAAAUUACUUUAUAACAGGUUCCAUUCUUUCACCUUGCAGGAUCACAGGUGUAGGAAUUUAUCUUGAGGAGAAAGUUAAUUUCUCAGAAGCAAGUAAUGCAUGUAAUCAACUGAAUCUACAAUUGGCAAGUAAAGACCAAGUUGAAAAGGCUUUGAAACAUGGCUUUGAAACAUGCAGCUAUGGAUGGGUAAAAGAUGGAUUGGUUGUCAUUCCUCGGAUAACAUCAAACAAGAAAUGUGGUAAGGGCAACGUUGGACUAGUGCCAUGGCAUGCUGAACCCUUUAAAACAUUUAAGGUUUACUGCUUCAAUUCCUCAGAUGUUCAGAUUAAUUCAUGUAAACCAGAUCCAACUACAACCAUACUACCUUCAUCAAGUACACCAACGGACUUAACUGCAUAUUCAGGCUCUGAUUUAAUUGAGAACAUCACAGCAGCGCCCCAUGUGACUGAGUCAGAACAAUCCCUGAAAAACAUAAAAUUCCGCGUAAUAUGUAUAACUGAAACUAUAUUGCCAACAGAGGGGACUACUACAAAAAUGCCAGAGGAACACUCACCGAUUGAUUCUCCUAACUACACUUCCCAUGCUGCUUUUAAGAAUGAUGCCAUUGUAUUUGGAGGCAUCCCCACUGCACUUCUUGUACUGGCAGUCAUCUUCUUCAUUAUUUCAGUUGUUCUAGCAGUCUGCUAUAUCAAAAAGUACAAGCAAACCUUCCCAUUUUCAAACAAGAAUCAGCAAAAAGAAAUGGUUGAAACUACUGCUCUCAAAGAGGCUAAGUCAAAUGACAAAACACCUGAGAAGGAAACAAAGAAUAAUGGAAAAAAGGUAGAAGAGUCUAAAACCAAGCCUGAGGCAACAGUAAAAUGUCUAGAAGCAGAAGUUUAAGGGGAAGAAUGUACACUUCUUGAUAGAAAUGUAAAACGAAGCAAACAGAAUUUAGCAAUGCUUUUAAACAUGGGUGAUUGUAAAUACUCAUGAAUGAACAUUUUCUCUAUCUUAACAUAUGAAAACUUGUUCUUUUAAUAAUUACAUCUUUAGCUAUAAAUGCUCUUGCAGAAGAACAUGGUAUCUUAUUUACCUGAAAUAAAUAAGAAAUCCAUACUACAGCUCAUUUUUCAUCUUUAAUAAAGAAGUAAAUAGGAAUAUGCUAUUAACGACAUGCAGUGUGUUAACUAUUUGCAUGGAAUUCAGAUCAAUAUAUAAUGAAAGGGGUUUUUUUAUAUGGGCAGAGGAUGUCUGCUAACUUAACAUCUAAAAUAAAAUGAUGAUACUGUAGCUCUUCCUCAUGUAGAUUAGCUUAUUUCCAUUAAGUAGUUGCAUACUGUUUUUAAAAAGUCUGUUUACAAACAGAAGAAAUAAGUCUGUUUACAAGUGAGUAAAAAAGGAUCAACCCACUGUCAUUCAAAUACCCAAGGAAGGGUACAAAGAUGCUGAUGUUUAUAUAUAUACAGCAAUUAAUAACUUUCUUAGAUAUCUUCAUCAUAUCAUAAUAUACUGUUUUAUUUAUUAAAACCUGUAUUAUUCUUCUGCAUCAGAUAUUUGACAGGGAAAAAAAACCCUUGAACUGUAUCUCAACAGUUAUAUUUAAGAUCUUUUGUGUAUAUUUAAGUGUGGCUUUCAUAAUAAAGAUCUCAAGUGGUAUGGGACAUUUACAGUACUUCAUAAAAAAAUAAAGCAUGGUAGAUAUAUCUGUCUGGACAACUUAUUCUCAUGAAAGCUGUCUCAUGGUAAAAAGAGCUCAUAUAACCUUAAUGUUACAGAAGUAAUUAGUUGUUCUAAAACAACAACACUGGCAAUUUAUCGAAUAUUUUCUUGACUAAGUGGUUUGGAUAACUUAUUUUUAUAUGUGAAGGGGUUAUUAUAGCAAAGGGAGUUUCUUUUUAGAUCCAGCAAGUUGAAAAAUGUUAAGUCUUAAAUAUAAUAGCAAUAGAACUA